AUGGCGGAGUCUGGGAUGAGUGGGGUUCUGGUGGCUCUCCUGGUGCUAUCCGCCAGCAUCCUCAUUCCCACCUCCUGGCCCCCAACCCCCAGCCCGUCUGUCAAACUCUUUCAGGGUACGGUCGUUGGAAAAGUCACUGUCGCGGAGGGAACAGGUGUUGAGCUAGAGCAAUUCCUCGGUAUUCCGUUUGCAUUACCGCCGACAGGUGAUUUGAGGUUUCGAGCGCCGCAGAAGAUACUCGACGACGAGUCUCGUGUUAUCAAAGCCACCGAGUACGGAUAUGCUUGCCUUCAACCCCCCUGGCCCGGAAGAUAUCAUGUUAGCGAUCCGAAGGCAAUGUCAGAAGACUGCUUGAAUUUAAAUGUAAUUCGACCGAAAAGUCAUUUAGGGGAGUUGUCGCUACCAGUGAUGGUUUGGAUCCAUGGGGGCGCUUUUGUGCUUGGCGGCUCAAGCGUGUAUAAUGGUUCGGAACUCGUUGCACAAAGUGUCAAAUUAGGACGUCCUAUUAUUUAUGUUUCGAUUAACUACCGUCUCAACCUGUUUGGCUUCUUGGCGUCCCCCCUGAUUGAGGAAAGCGAUGAUGCCCACCUGAAUGCUGGCUUGCAUGAUCAGCGCCUGGCCUUGUGGUGGAUCCAACGGAAUAUCGGAGCAUUUGGAGGCGAUCCAUCCAAAGUUACCGUUUUCGGUGAAAGCGCUGGAGCCAUGUCCAUUGCGGCACACUUGCUGUGGAAUCACGGCCGCGGGGCAGAGCAACUUUUCGGCGGAGCGAUUCUGCAGUCAGGGGCUGCCUCUGGGUUCCCCGUUCCUGAGCCCCUGGAUCACGCUCAAGCAUUCCAAGAUUUCAAUGGUCGGCUUGACUGUAAUUCCUCAUCAACCGAGAAAGCUGUUCUUAGCUGCCUUCGCAAAGUCCCCUCUGAAAUUCUAUAUCGAGACAUGGUAGACACCAUGCUUAUGGAUAGGAUUGAGCAAUUAGCUGCUGCGAGUUUACACCGUCCAUUUGCAUUUGUUCAAGAUGCACGGAAAGGGAUGGAUGGAUUUAUCUACGACCUUCCAAGUGUUAUAAUACAGAAUGGCCAUAUUGCAAAGGUGCCGAUUAUUAUUGGCGCAAACCUUGAUGAAGGGACCAUGUUCGCCCCCAGAGAUUUGAAAGAUGAGAAGACACUGGAGGAGUAUAUCCGAGUUGGAUGGAUAUUCCCGGCAGAAUCAAACAAAGGUGCAAGAUUGACAAGGAAACUCCUUUCAAAAUAUCCCGAUGAUCCUUCCCUCGGAAAAACAAACCAGUACAAACGUUUCAGUUCCAUCAUAGGGGAUUACCUUCUUGACAGUGGACGUCGAAUGCAGGCGCUAGCGACAUCGAAGUUGGGCGUCCCCGUUUGGAACUAUCUUUUCGAACAUUGUCCAAUUGAACCCCCUAAUCCUCACUGGGGUGUGCAUCAUUCUGCAGAGAUUCCGUAUGGUGAGAGCUCUCCUUCAAUUGUGCUCCCACUUUGUUUAUCAUCACCCCCAGCAUUCGGAGUUCAUGCGACGCGGAAAGACGAGCAUGGAGACGUCUCCAGGUACUUGCUAGCUGCCUGGAUCAAUUUCGCCUAUGACUUGGACCCCAAUGGGCGUUUGGCAUCAGAUGGGGCGCCAGGUUCUCUUGUGUGGCCAAAAUACACCGUUGACAAGCGGCUCACUCUCAACAUACGAACUCCGCUCAAAACGAAGGUGGUAAAUGAUGACUACCGAGGCGAUGCGAUUCAGUGGGUUGGUUCGGAUCUCGAAUUCAACAGAGCAACUAGACGGUAG